AUGAUAUUAGUGAUCUGGGAUUUGUGGAUAUGCCUAAAAGCCUGCAGCGAUGAGAAAAUAUGCAUAUUUAAAUUUUCCUUUGAUCGUGAAUUAAAACGAUUGCUCAUGGAGGAAGAAGCAUCCGGAUCAGUGGGCCUUUCGAUGUAUGAUCGUGUAAAACAGCGUUCCUCCUCAAAACCGGGCGAUGCGGCAAAGAAAACUCGAGCGCUGGAGCUGCUGCAGGAGCGAGCGCAAAGUCGACGAAUUAAUGAGCAGAAUGUGAGUUUUUUUUUUUUUAAAGAAUCACCAAUCUAG